CAUACCACACACAAAAUCAUAGUACCUUUUCGAUUUCCCUUAAACCCAGCCUGAGAUCUCGGCCUAUUAAUAUAUUGCACCAAGACAGACUUCUCUCCUCCCCUUCACUGCUUGGUUCUGAUCUUUCUCUCGAUUCUUUCAGCAUUAAUAGGAAAAUGGCAGAUAUUUCUUAUUCCAAUGGAAAUGGAGUUCAUGGAAAAGGCUUUGUACUAAAUGGGUAUAGGAAGAGCUGUUGGUAUGAGGAAGAGAUUGAAGAGAAUCUGAGAUGGUCCUUUUCUCUCAAUAGCAUAUUGCAUACAGGAGCUACGCCGUACCAGGACAUUGCGCUUUUGGACACGAAACCUUUUGGAAAGGCUCUGGUCAUUGAUGGAAAGCUUCAAAGUGCAGAGACAGACGAAUUCAUCUACCAUGAAUCUCUUGUUCAUCCAGCACUUCUUCAUCAUCCCAAUCCAAGGACCAUCUUUAUUAUGGGAGGAGGUGAGGGUUCCACAGCAAGAGAGAUUCUUAGACAUAAUACUGUAGAGAUGGUUGUCAUGUGUGACAUUGAUGAGGAGGUGGUGGAGUUUUGCAAGUCAUACUUAAUAGUGAACAGGGAUGCUUUCUGUGAUCCAAGACUUGAGCUUAUUAUCAAUGACGCCAGGGCUGAGCUAGAAAGCAGAGAAGAGUGUUAUGAUGUGAUCAUAGGCGACUUGGCUGACCCGAUUGAGGGAGGCCCGUGUUAUAAACUCUACACCAAAUCCUUCUAUGAGUUUACUGUCAAACCUAGACUUAAUCAGGGUGGCUUAUUUGUCACACAGGCAGGACCAGCUGGAAUAUUCAGCCAUACAGAGGUAUUCUCUUGCAUUUACAACACUCUAAGGCAGGUUUUCAAGCAUGUGGUGCCUUACUCGGCCCAUGUCCCUUCUUUCGCAGAUACUUGGGGAUGGGUCAUGGCUUCUGAUACUCCAUUUGCUUUGAGUGCUGAUGAGUUGGACCUCAGGAUGAAACAGAGGAUGAAAGGGGAGAACAGAUACCUUGAUGGGAAAACAUUUUCAUCGGCUUCCACCUUGAGCAAAGCCGUUCGGAACACGCUGGACAAUGAGACUCAUGUGUACACAGAGGGAACAGCAAGGUUCAUAUACGGCCAUGGUAGUGCCCACAGAAACACUCACGAAUGAGAAAUGGAUUCAGAACACAGCUCGGCCUGCCAAAGCACAAGGAAACAUGAGACUGCAAGUAGAACACUACAUUGGGUUUAUAUUAUCUAUAUAACUUUUCUCUGUCUUUCUUUCUUUCUUUCUGCAUUUGUACUUACUUGAAAGGUAUGAUAUAAUGGUAAUGGUUGGUCUUUGCUUUGUGCUUCA